AUGGCUCCCCGCACCGACUUCCCUCCCAUCCGGGCCUGCCUCUUCGACAUGGACGGCCUCCUCCUCGACACCGAGGACCUCUACACGGCCUGCAUCAACAUCAUCCUCGAGCAGCAGGGCCGCCCCCUCCUCCCCUGGUCCAUCAAGGCCAAGCUCCAGGGCCGCCCCGGCCCCGACGCCACCCGCCUCUUCCACGAGUGGGCUCAGCUCUCCAUCUCCGAGCAGGAGUACCACCAGCAGCUCUCCGCCCUCCAGCGCCAGAUCUUCCCCACCACCAAGCCCCUCCCCGGCGUCCCGGCCCUGCUCGCCAACCUCGGCCGCACCCGCUACUGGGACCUCAAGCCCGCCUCCGCCUCCAACGGCGCCGACAAGGAGAACCCCCACCGCGUCCACAUCGCCCUCGCCACCUCCUCCCACCUCGCCAACUUCAAGCUCAAGUCCGACCACCUCACCGAGCUCUUCUCCAUCUUCCCCUCCCACCGCCGCGUCCUCGGCGACGACAAGCGCAUCGCCCCCGGCCGCGGCAAGCCCAACCCGGACAUCUUCCUCCUCGCCCUCAAGACCAUCAACGACUCCCUCCCCGCCGGCGAGACGCCCAUCACCCCCGAGGAGUGCCUCGUCUUCGAGGACUCCGUCCCCGGCGUCGAGGCCGGCCGCCGCGCCGGCAUGCGCGUCGUCUGGUGCCCCCACAAGAUGCUCCUCAACGAGUACAAGGGCCGCGAGAAGGACGUCCUCGCCGGCCGCACCGGCGAGGCCGGCCAGGUCGACAUGCACCAGGUCGGCGAGGUCGACGACGGCUGGGCCGAGUACAUGGACACCCUCGAGAACUUCCCCUACGACAAGUUCGGCAUCACCAUCCCCCCCGUCGAGGUCGACGACGAGCCCUUCAUGAAGGAGAACGUCGGCGAGGUCCUCGUCGAGAAGGCCAACGGCUCUGCUUAG